AUGAACAACAACAAAAAAAAGGAUGUCACUGCAACCAAAGGCAAUGAAUUCGAAGACUAUUUUUUGAAACGAGAGCUGCUAAUGGGAAUCUUUGAAGCCGGGUUUGAACGACCGUCGCCCAUCCAAGAAGAAGCGAUUCCCAUUGCACUGACGGGUCGCGACAUUCUCGCACGCGCAAAGAAUGGUACGGGCAAAACUGCCGCAUUUGUGAUCCCGACGCUCGAAAAGAUCAACAACAAAAAGAACAAGAUCCAAGCCUUGCUGUUGGUGCCUACGCGUGAGCUUGCACUGCAGACAUCCCAGGUGUGCAAGACCCUAGGUAAGCAUUUGGGAUUGAACGUCAUGGUAACGACGGGCGGCACGACGCUCAAGGACGACAUUAUGCGUUUGGAGGAGGCCGUCCACAUUGUUGUGGGCACACCAGGAAGAAUCCUCGACUUGGCGGGCAAGAACAUUGCGGACUUUAGCGAGGCGCAUACGUUUGUCAUGGAUGAGGCCGACAAGCUGCUGUCGCCCGAGUUUACCCCGCUUAUUGAUCAGCUGUUGUCGUACUUCCCCAAGGAGCGCCAGAUCAUGCUGUUCAGUGCCACGUUCCCAAUGAUGGUCAAGACGUUCAAGGAAAAGUACUUGACCAAGCCUUACGAGAUCAAUCUAAUGGAGGAGCUUACUCUGCGCGGUGUGACGCAGUACUAUGCCUAUGUCGAAGAAAAGCAAAAGGUGCACUGCUUGAACACUUUGUUUUCCAAGUUGCAAAUCAACCAAUCCAUCAUCUUCUGUAAUUCCACGAACCGAGUCGAAUUGCUUGCCAAAAAGAUCACCGAACUGGGUUACUCUUGCUUCUACUCUCAUGCCCGUAUGCUUCAAAGCCAUCGAAACCGCGUUUUCCAUGACUUUAGAAACGGUGUAUGCCGCAACUUGGUCUGCUCUGAUCUCUUGACCCGUGGUAUUGACAUCCAAGCGGUGAAUGUGGUGAUCAACUUUGACUUUCCCAAGAAUGCAGAGACAUAUUUGCAUCGUAUUGGUCGUUCUGGUCGUUACGGCCACUUUGGUUUGGCUAUCAACUUGAUUACGUAUGAAGACCGGUUUAAUCUGUACAAGAUUGAGCGCGAAUUGGGCACCGAGAUCAGGCCUAUUCCAGCCGUGAUUGACAAGAAGUUGUAUGUUGCACCGAAUGCAUUGGAUGACGCCCAGGUACAGCAGCCAAACCGUGACCUUGCAAUUGCUACCCAACAGCGACAAAGACAACAGCAGGAAUCUGACCAGCAGCAGCAACAGAGGCGGUAUGAUAAUAAUGGACGGGGUGGUUACCGUGGCGCAUUUCGUGGUAAUAGAGGACGCGGUGGACGUGGAGGAGGUAGACAGUACAAUGGACGGCCACAGCAGCAGCAGCAGCAGCAACAACAGCAGCAGCAGCAGGGCAGAUCAAAACCAGUGCCUUUGAUGUAA